AUGAAAUCCUUCUCCACCAUCCUCCAGGCCCUCAGCCAUCGUGCUACGGAGACCCCUGACAGGGUAGUUUUUAUUUGGGUUGAUACCGUGUGUGAGGAACAAGACAAGAUGACGUUCAAACAGCUGGAAGGUCAAUCCAAUGCCGUGGCAGUUCGUCUCCUCAAAUUGGGAUGCCAAAAGGGAGAUCGUGUCAUGAUUGCCUAUCCAUUUGGUCUUGAGUUCUUGGCUGGCAUGUUUGGAGCCAUGAAGAUUGGAGUUAUUCCAUGUUCCAUCUAUCCGCCCAACCCCAAUCAGCUCAAAACAGAUAUGCCAAAGAUGCCGGAGCCAAGUUCUCUACACACAACACGUUUGUCUGCGGAUGACUGCGCGGGUCCUCUCAAGACUGGUGUCACUUGGUUGGACCGACAAGCUAACAAUCAAGAAACGGAACCCCAGCAAGCCAAAGAUAUAGACCUUUGCCGGAACCAGAAGACAUUUGCUUCAUCCAGUACAUCAGCAUACUGGUCGCCCCAAAGAGUCAUGAUCAGUCACAAAAAUCUUGCAGAAAAUUGCAUUGCUAUUUCUGCCAUGUCUGGUGUAAAUGCUUCCAAUGCUGGCUCUACACUGGCAGCCUUGUGGGUCCCACAAUACCAUAAUGGGGCUUGUGGCGGCUUCAUGACUACCCUCUUUGCUGGAACUUCACUUGUCAUGGCAUCACCGCUGGAUUUUGUGGUCAAUCCACUGCUUUGGACUGACAUGGUGGAGCACUAUCAGGCAAACCUUACCUGUGCCCCAAACUUUGCCUAUGCCCUGCUCCUGAAACGUUUGGAGCAGGCCAAUCGAACUGCAACUGGAGUUGCUGUCGGUAUCACAGUGGAGGGCCGAAAAGGUUUUGACAAGUCAGCAAAUGAAGAUUUGGCUGUUCAGAUAUCCAAUCAUGUAUCUCAGGUGCAUGGGCUUCUUGUCUCAGAUGUUGUUGUUCUGAAGUUGGGUGUAACACCAAAAACCACCUCUGGCAAGCUGAAGAGAAGUGAGAUCCGGCAGACCACUUUUGCUGGUGAUUGGAAGGCGUCUGAUGUUCUCCUAAGAUUCCAACGACAGGCAAAGCUAUCUCCUAUCCAAGCAAAGGUAUCGUCUUUCAAGAGGAGCUCUUUCCUUGAGCACAGCUUUGCAAUGAAUGGGGUUACAAGCAGCGAGUUCUAUUUGUCAGAAGGAACUCAACAUGAAAUCAGGAGAAGAUCAAUAACACUUCCAUUUGGAUCUCUUGAGCUUCCUGAUAAUGACCUUAGCCAAACAAAUGCCAUACCCAGCCAAGCUGUUGAAGCUGUUCAUGCUGUAGAGUGCGAUCCCAGCAAGUUGGAUGAGUAUUUCUUGGAACUUCAUCUUUCUGGGGUCUCUGGCAUGGAUGAAGCUUGGUCCAAAGCCACCAAGACAACAGCUGCAAUGCAAGAAAUGUGCUCCCAAAUCCUGCAGCAUCUUGAGGACAAAUACCCAACCAUCUGCCAACUUGCCAAGACUCUCAGUGAAAAUCCUGACUGGAUUUUAAUUGAUGAUAGGACGUGUUUCCUUUCUAAACUUGUGCAUCAAAUCUUUGUGCUUCAAUGGGUGACAACCUUCUUGAUGGAUAACCUGAAGUGCAUGCAACAUAAGUUGCAGAAUGAUGCUGCGUGGGAGGCUCAGACGCAGAAUGAUCGGUCAGUUCCAGUGGAGCUACAAGAGAUGCUGAACCUCCCAGAGAAAGACUCAAUGUAUGGAAAGUGGCCAUUCUUCCUUUGGAUCAAGAACAGGUCCAUCCUUGCACAAUUAAACCUUUUAGUACAGAGCUUACGAUCUCCUGAAGGACCAGGAAUUGAGAAUCAGCUAGAGAAACUCAACGACCUUCAAUGUUUGAAUUUGUUGGAGGCUGUCUGGCUUGAAAAGAGUAAUGGACUGAAGGACAAUUCGGAAGUUGGUAGGCUGCUAGCUUCCUAUCCCCUGUUGACAGCAAGGACCCAAUCUAUGAUGGCUUUGCUUGAGCCUCAAAGCAGUACAUGGAAUGAUCUCUACAUUGCUUGGAACAUGCAUUUUUGGAUUCAACCUAACACAUCAUUUUCUUUUUUUGCUUUUGCAGGGUCUGCAGAUAAGGACUCCUCCACUUGGAUGGCAUCCAAAUUGCUGCUACCUUGCAUCAUUGGAGAUGUCAAUGCAAGUUUCUUUUAUGCCAGGACAACAAGCUUGUAUCUGGUUCUACAGACUAUAGGAAGGAAAACAACUUCUCCAAAGUAUUACACCCAAUCAAUCUUGUCAAGAAGAGCACUUGAGAUCUUUGGAAGGCUCAACCUUUCUUGGGCUCAAGAACUUGGAUACUCCCACCCACCACUUGGCAAUGACAAAGGAAUGACACUCAAUGAAGAAGAUUGGCUCUCCCUGUUUGACCAAUGGGGAAGUGAAAACCAGAAAGCCCAGACAACCAACCCAAACUCUGAUAUCAAUGCCUCUAAAUCUGGUGCCGGAGCUACAGACCCAGCUGACUUCUCCAUAAGAUAUGACAAUAUAAUCAUGUCUGUCUUUGGGUCACAUAUUGACACAUCAAAAUCAUGGGCUGAGAAUGGACUCACAUCUCUUAAGAGUGCUGAGCUGAGGAGCAGAGUAGAAGAGGAGUUGUUUGUUGUACUCUCACCCAACUUUGAACAGCUCUAUCCAACACCCAAGGCUCUUGCAGUCUUCCUCACGACAUCAGAGGGUGAGAGUUUCCCUACGCAAGACUUGUGUGAUCACCCUGGCUUCCUUUGGAACUCAUCGGGGUCAAGUCUAAGCCUACUACUUGUUGGAGUGAUCCAAACAACUGGAAUAUUGGCCAUUCUGCUCUUGCUCUUUGCCUCAGUUGUGCCAUCCUACUUUCUUGUCACCUGGGUACUGGGGAACUGUGACUUAAAUGAAGAAGGGGAGUGCCGCGGGUUGGUCUUUUGGGUGCUCUUGCCUCUGGUCUUUCCUCUAUUCAUUCUGUCUUUUUCAGUGAUUGUGGUAAUCUGCAAGGUUGCUGUUGUCAGGAAAUAUCAAUCUCAGCAAUUUGAGCUCUUAUCAUGGAACUUUGUUUGCUGGUGGUUUGUUGAUAGGAUCCUGGAUAUUUGGGAAUCACUUGUUGGACAGUUUCUUUUGGAGACAAAGUUCAUUUGGAUCUUCUAUAAAGUGCUUGGAGCAGACCUGGCAUGGUCUGCAAAGAUCGAAUCCCAUAUUCGCGAGUUUGACCUUGUUACAAUUGGUGACAAUAGUGUCAUUAGUCACCCUAUGAAGAGCCGGAAGUUCUCUCAUGCAAAUAGAGAUGCCAACCCCAAGAUAACGUUCUAUCCCAUUGUUGUAGGAAAGAACUGCAAGAUCUCUGGCAUGGUCAGCCCUGGGGCCAAAAUUGGAGAUGGCAGCAAGGUGGAGAAACUGUCUGUUGUUGAUGAAGGAGCCAUUGUACCAGACGGUGUCCUUGCCCAGGGAAAUCCAGCAUACAAUGCUGGCUCCUUUGAACAUCAAGAAUCACUCCAUUUGGAAGAGUCCAUGUUGGAUAUCUUCAAGAUAUUCUGGAUGGUCCUUGAAGCCUAUCAUUUCUUUGCCCUCUCAUUCUUGGUCCAUGUCUCACUGAACUCAAUCUUGCCUGAUUGGCGCUAUGCUACAAUAGUACAUUGGAUUUUUCUGGUUCCUGUCUCCUCCCUACUUGCACUUCUUACAAGCAUUGCUCUGAAAUGGGUACUGAUUGGGAAACGAGACCCAUCUGAUGAAUACGAAGGAACACUCUAUCGCCGGGCAACCAAUUGGGCAUGUGACUUCCACUUUCGGAUUGCAGCUUGGACUCUUGCUCCUUUCACUGGCCAGUCCAGACUUUGGAACUUAAUUCUUUUCGUGCAUGGUCUUGAUAUUGACAUGGAAUCAGGGCCUGACAAUCCGUACUUCAUCUUCCCACCCUCAAAAGUUGAUUUUGUGAAGAUCAGAGAGUCAUUUGUGGCAACUAUUUCACUUGACUUUAGCAAGAAAGGGAACUCCAAGGUAGAGAUCAUCAACAGCAGUGUGGGCUACAACAUCAAUCUGCAUGCAGGUGUCAAGAUCAUGCAAUCCACAGUCCCUCCAAGGACCAAUGUACCUGACAGUAUCUAUGACUUGAACCAAUCAGGGCAGCCCAUGAAAAUGAAUUUGAUUCUUCCAGAAGUGGCACAGAUGCUGUUGAAUGUGGUCCUGUUUGCCUCCCUAAUUCCUGCCUUCGAACUGGGUCUUGUUGCAACCAAGAGCUCUUCCAUCAUGGUCACAUCCUGUGGUUUGGCAGCUGCCUUCAUCCUGCAAUUGCUCCUAUGGCUUCUCUUGACAUGGGCAGUUGAAAGGUUGCUAUUGGUCUUGCCCAACCAUCUUCAAUUUAAUCUUUUUGGGAUCUACCUCAACCAUGUCUGGAUUUUCCGCAAUCAAAACUGGCUUGUGUACCUUCUCUAUGGCACACCCAUGUUUGCCUACUUUGCUCGCCUCAUGGGAGCUGAAGUUGAUGGGGAGUUGUGGUACUUUGGAAACACACUCUAUGAGUGUGGGAAGCUGCAUUACACAGGAUGCACCAUUAUUGACGGCUCCAGCUUGAAUGGUCACUACAUUGAUGGGAAGGGGCUAACAAUCAAUGACACCUAUGUGUCUGGUGUUGUGCAUCCUGGAUGCUUUGCUGUUGCUGGCUCGGUAGUUGCUGGGGAAGAGAAUGGUCCAUGGAAGGUAUUCUUGCAGGCAAAUGAUGGUGCUGGCGUGCCCAGGGAGACGAUUGGCAUCUAA